AUGGCGUCUUCAAUCCUCUUGGUUGGUCUGGUCGCCGUUUGCUUGGCCUUUGUCUCUAGCGUCCAGCCCGCCGAAAUCCCGCUUCAAGAUUUCUGUGUAGCAGACUCAAAGAAUUCAGCAUCAGGAAAUGGUUUCGCUUGCAAGAAUCCUAAGACAGUGACCGCGGAUGACUUCUUCUUCAUCGGACUCCAUAUUGCAGGCAACACCUCAAACCCUGCUGGGUCCAAGGUUACCCCCGUGUCGGUCGUCCAGUUGCCUGGGCUCAACACUCUAGGGAUCUCAAUGGUUCGUCUUGACAUCGCUCCAUGGGGGGUCAACCCACUCCACACGCACCCACGUGCCACCGAAGUCUUGACCCUUCUGGAGGGCAGCCUAGAGGUCGGAUUCGUGACUUCCGGCCCUGAGAACUGGCUCGUCCGCAAGGUCCUGAAGAAGGGUGAUAUUUUCGUGUUCCCAGUCGGGCUCGUCCACUACCAAAGGAAUGUUGGUUACGGAAAUGCUGUUGCCAUUGCAGCUCUUAGCAGCGAGAAUCCGGGGGUAAUCAAAGUUGGCAAUGCUGUGUUCGGCUCGAAGCCUGAUAUACCCCACGACGUCCUCGUAAAGUCUUUCCAGGUCGAUCAAACUAUCAUCACCCGGAUGCAAGCCAAGUUUUAG